AUGAUUGUGCGACCUUUGUUGAUUGUCUUAUCAACCCAACUGGCUGUUGGAUAUAAAGUGGAGACCGAGGAGUGUGUGGGGUUCCUCAAUUAUUCAACGCCAACGUCCGUUGAAUAUAUGGAAGCGCAAUGGAAGUUCGCGCGGUCGUUUAGCUUGACAGAGGCGGACUGGGUGCGGGCAUUGCCGACGUUUGACGAGGUCCACGAACUUGAACGGGUAAGAAGAUAGUGUUAACUUGAGAGAGCAUCCUUGGGGCAUAUGUCAGCUUGUCGGAAAAAUAAUGCGGGUCUUCGCAGCAAAAUUUUUCACCUCGUUGAAAAAACGGUACAGUCUAGCACAAAAUCUCCAGUUGCGGGAGCCAUCGCAAAGAUGAUGAUGGGCCAAUCCAAGGCGCGAAGGUCUGCCACUAUUUUCCCGACAGACUGAUAAAUCUUAAAGCACCAAAGAUGAAGGUUUCAAGAGCCAGGAAACCACGUGGUUUUGGCGCUUCUUGGGAGGUCCGAACGGCCGCCAAUUUCCUCAAGCUUGUCGGCUCUUCCGGGAUGUUUCUGAGCCCAUUUUUUAAACAAUUUUUAACCUUACGAUAUCAGUCUGUCGGAAAAAUAAUGACCACUCUGUUGCAUCGAAAAUCGCAUCGCCGCCGAGAAAAUGAAUUGUGUCGCGGCAAAAUCAAAUUGCUUUUCAUUUCAACGAGUGACUGGCGUAGCGACAGAAUGCUCAUUAUUUUUCCGACAGACUUAUGAAAUCAUGGUAAAAAUUGUUUAACUUUCAGGUUACAGCUCAUUAAAAAUGCCCUUUAGAAAGGAACUAGAAUUUGUUUUCAAGCGAAGUUGCAGCGGAUAUUUGAGUUUCUAAACUUUAAAAAGUAACUGAAUUUCGAGUUGCAGCUCUUUACCGACCUCUACGACUUGGAAGACUUCAAGAAAUUCGAUUCCUCCAAUGUUUAUGAGACGUACUCCACGCUGAAGUUUCUGAACUUCCAUACAAUCCAGGUAUGCCUUCAUUCACAAACUUGUAAAGCUUUUAUCAAAUUGCAAAGGUCAUACAUGCUCCCCUUUUUGCUCGUAACAACGACAAAAUUCUCUUUUUUUUCAAACACUCCAAAAAAAGAGUAACGCAAACAACCACUGUUUUCGCUCAAAAACUGUGCGAAAAACAAACGUUUUUUCUCUUCUCCAUGACGCAGUUGAUUUUAGAACGACCAAAUUCUCAUAAUAACGGAGAAAUUCCAAGAAAAAGCAAGUGACAACCGAUUCUUUGGGUUUGUGGCAAUCCGCGGACAGCGCUACGUGAGGAACUGGAUUCACCUCUCGUCGCCGCAUUUCGAGACCGACGGAGCGGUAAGCCAACAAGCGUCAGUGUUGUUUGAUGACACAAACGCAAAGACGGUGGUCGUUGCUGGAGCAGCGAGGGAUUCGGUUUCGGGGUAGGUGAAGUAUAAGGUGAAGUAUAAACUGAAGGAUAAAUUUGGAAUACAAGGGAAGUGUGCCAAGUGCAACGCUCUGAUUUUCUUUAAAUUUUGGACAUAUGUCGAUCACAUCCCGCUUAUCAAUGCCUGAAAGUUUUAGCUGGCACUUUGCAGACACUGCUGAGAUAUUCAACGAUCUCUGCGGCCGAGGGAGUAUGGAAAAUCGCGGUCUAGAAAAACAGUGUCUUUGGUUUAUAUCUUCGCCAAUUCUGGGCCAGGAAAAAUUUUCUUUGUGGAAAAGUUAUUCUCUAUUUUUUGUGUAGUUCUAAAGCAGUUUAUAUCAAAAUUCUCAAAAAGCUCUCAUCCUUUUUUCAAAUUUUUUGGCUUAAAAAUCUUGUUUGUUCCUGCAAAGGGCAAACUAGCACUCUGGCAUAUGUCUUAUCGUUAGAAAACAUUAUUCCAUAAACAUUCCAAAUUACCUCAAAAUCUGAAGAUCGAACUUGCAAUACUACCCCUGUUAAAUUGAGGUGCUGUAAGCAAGAUUUCCAGCGCAAAUACAGAAGUUAGAGCAUUCGAAGAUUAAAUUUCAGUGGCGUCAACUCAACGUGUCAGCCAGGCAACAAAAUCGCGGAUGCCGCUCACAACACUGAGACUUGGUUCCACAAAAUCUUGGUGGCGAUUUGGAGAGCUAACAAACAAAGAGAUGAUCAGUAUAUUCAAUGGCACGGAAUGGCGGAGACUAGGUAUUCGUAAACUGUCAACAUAGUAAUGAUCUUAUCCAUAGCUGCCGAAAAUCAGACGCCUUUUUGAGCGUUGGAGCCAAUAAUGACCACCACAUCUAUCGGGACAAUGGGAGUUUCGUUUUUGAGGUAAGAAAUGGUCAGAUUCCUAAACAGUAAUGCUAUUAAAAAUGAAAAAAAAUGCUUGCGAAGCUCAGAUUUCCUUGCGCACAGUAUAUGUCGUAGGCCACGUACGAAUUACUGAAAGUUUUACCUCUUGACUCGUAGGCGAAGCCGAGAUAUUCAACGAUCUUUUGGGCCAGGAGGGUAUGCGAAGGGCGGAGAGUCGUCUGAGAAAAAACACUUUUUUCCGUAUCUUUGUCAGUUUCGUGACGAAAAAAUUGAUUUUUUAUAUAAUGAUUACCCUCUACAGUAAAAAUAAGCAUGAAACUUUUGACUUACCGCACAUGAAUUGCAACUAGAAAAGUUUAGAUUAAUUUUGUGUCAUUUUUUUUUCAAAAUUUGACUGCCCCACCUUGAUCAGUUUCGCACAAAAAAUUUUCAGUUGGAAAAAUCAAUUGACAUGGUGUCCGAGAACGACUCGUUUGCCCAAACACCCUACACCGACAGCCGCUGUCACUUGGUGGCGCUAUCAAAUGUUUUUGGCAGGAUCGUGAACGGUGUGGCAAUUGGGAAAGAAUGCAGCGAGAAGGCAGUUGCGGAGGUAAGAUCAUCUGCAGAUUUUUAUUGCUCGGAAUUUCACGAUUUCACGGUGCAACUGCAGUUGUCCUUUACGGCCAUCGAUUGUUAAACGAGUUGAAGUUUACAAUUUAAUUUGCAGAACAUUAAUGGAAAAUUUCUUCAUAUUGAGCAAAAAAUAAUUUCCCGAUGCAAUUUGACUCUGUGGAAUGAGGGCUUAAAGGUGGUGUUGAACAAGUAAGCACCUUUUGCAUACCUUCGCCAACAAAUACAGUGGCGGACCUGAUCCAUUGGCCAAAAACGUACCAUUUGGCAUCCGGAAAGUAUCAAAAAUGCAGCAAAAUAAAUACCCCUUCCAAGUGAAAAAACCCCGAUUUCAAAUGCGCGCCCGCUCUUUUUGCAAGGGGAAGGGCGCGCAGUUCAAAACGGAGAUUUUUUGGUUGGAGAGGGAGGCAUUUUGCCACAUUUUUGAUACUUCCCGGAUGCGAAAUGAUACGUUUUUUGCCACUGAAUCAGGUCCCUCACUGUACACAUUAUACCAACAAUAUGAACUGCUUUUCAGCACUGCCAGAGCCAAUCCAGAGUCAUUGUUUUGGAGCCCAAUUGCAGCAGGGUUAUUUACGACGUUAUUCAAUCUUAUCGUUUUAUAA